GUGACGGUCACGAUCACUGCUCACUUUUCUGUUACUAAAUUUCUAAAUACUUCUAACGUUAUAUCAAAAGUACUGUGUGACUUACACGCCUCGAGAAUUAAUAUUAAUAAUCAAUAAUAAUUUAACUUCAUAAAGAUAAACUGCUGUGUCACCUAACCUCAAAUACGAUGCAUUGUGCAAAGUGCAAGGAAAUUGUUACUGACUUCGUCCAUUGUGGCAAGUGUGGUGGUCACUAUCACUUUACUUGUGCUGGAAUAUCCGAGUCCAGCUACCGUAAACUGGGGCAAGAGAAGAAAUCUGCCUGGAGAUGUAUACCGUGCCGCGCACAAGUGCAAUCCUCGGACCCCGCGAACACUGUCUCACUGGCUGACAUUUUAUUGGAGAUUAAAAAUCUACGUACCGAUUUUAACACGAUGAAAACCGACCUAAAUGAUAUAAAAUCAGAUAUAUCUAGCACUAAACAAUGUAUGUUGGACCUGAAUAUGAAGUGGAGCGAUAUGCAGCAAAGAUUCGACGAUAUCGAAGGUAGAUUGAACGGGUUUGAAGAUAAAGUGUCGUGUAUAACUACUCUGCAAAAGGAUUUGAAGAAGGCGAACGAAAUUAUUUCCGCACUCGAACAGAAUAAUAAUACGCAAGAUCAAUUCUCCAGAUUAAAUAACAUCGAAAUAUCGGGAAUACCGAUGCGCAACGGGGAAAACUUAUACUCAAUGCUUCACGACUUGUGCUCCGUAGUCGGAUUUAGCCUGUGCGAAACCGAUAUCGACACCGUUCAUCGAGUACGCCGGCACAUUACUACCGACAAACAAGCCCUGAGGCACCCGGCUAUCAUCGUGCGGUUUACACAACGGCGCCGUAAAGAUCAGCUGUUGGCGGCGGCGCGCGCUCGCCGCACCCUCUCCUCCGCCGAACUGGGCCUGCAGGGGCCGGCCUGCGCCGUAUACAUCUCUGACCAUCUCACACCCACCAAUAAACUUCUCCUAAAACGUGCCCGGGAGCUAAAAGUCGAAAAACAGUAUGCCUAUUUGUGGGUGAGAGAUUGUAAGAUCCUAUUGCGUAAGAAUGAUAAAUCUAAUGUUAUACGUAUCUCCAGCGAAUCAGAUUUACUAAAAAUUAAAUGACUACUAUGUCCAAUAUUACUGUCACUGUGCUAUCUUUGCUAUUGUUAUUUUACCUAUA